AAGUUAUUCUUUCGUUCAAUAAAUUUAGAGAAAUCAAUAUGAAAUCAUUAAAAUUAUUACUUACCUUAUUAGCUACAUCUACUACUAUAGUAAUCAGUGAUACUUCAACAACUAAUAGUAUUACUGAUUAUUUUAGUAGUUGGUCUGUAGAAGAUAUUAAAGAAUUUUUAAAGGAUAGAAAUAUUGCUGUUCCAUUACUUGAAAAUGAUAAGAAAGAAGAUGAUACUUAUUAUACUCAAUUGAAAGAAUUGGCUAACGACCAAUAUGAAACUUUAAAAUCUCAAUAUGAUUCAAUUGUAGACAAAGUUACGGAUUAUUCAAAUGCGAAACAAGCAGAUGCUGAAAAGCAAAAAGUAUUGAAUUGGGAUUGGAAUUUAGAAGAUUCAGUCCCAGAACAAAUUAAAAAUUAUGGUUAUUUAUUUAAAAGUUCAGAUGAUAAACAAGAAGAUUCCUUUGUAAAAGAUUGGAUAUUUGAAAGUUGGCCAAUCAGGAAUUUGAUAUAUUUCAGUUACAAUAACAAACUUAUUGACUCCUUAGAUUAUAGUACCAAGAAUUCAAUUAGUGAAGAAUUCAUUGAUACAAUUAAACAAAAGUAUGACGAUAUUGUUAAAACCAAAAACCUCCCUAGUCGUUAUCCUGGAGAUUGGUUAUAUGAACUUUGGUCACUUGAAGACCUUCAAGAAUGGUUAAAGAAAUAUGAAAUCCCAUUCAAUGAAGAAUCAGAUACUAGACGUGAUUUAUUGAAGAAAGUUAAGGAAUAUAGUUACUUAGUCUCUCAAUCGAUCAGAGAUUCUAAGGAUUCCUUAUAUGAAUCAUUGAAUUUAGGUACUCUUGAUGAUUAUGCUAAAUACAGUAAUAAAAAAGUUAAUCAAUAUAGUGAUGAAUUUUGGAAACUUUGGUCCUAUUCACAAUUAAGAGAAUGGCUCUAUUAUAAUGGUAUUAUUGAUAAGAGUCCUUCAGUUUAUGAUGAAAGUUUGACAAGAGAUAAAUUAUUGAAAUUAAUGAAAUCAAAGCAGAAUUACUUAAGAAUUGAUCUUGAGAAAUAUUUGGAUAAAAUUAAAGGUCAAGUACCAAAAGAUAUUGAUAUCAAAGAUGAUACUUUUUUACAAAGAAUCAAUAAGUGGUCUAAGGAUAGAUUAAGAAAAUUUUUAGAAAUUAGAGGAAUUAAGACAUCAUCUUUAACUCCUAAGAAAGAUUUGAUAACUUAUGUUAAAGUGAAUCGUGACAAGCCAGUUAUUGAUGAUUCAUUUUCUUGGUUAUAUGAUACAUUUUCAACUGAAUCAAUUAUUAAUUGGUUAAAAGAAGAAGGGGCCAGUGUUGAUGGUACUAGGAAAGAUUUACUUAAGCUGUUUGAAAGUACAAUCUCUGAUACUUUCCAAAGUAGUAAGCAAAGAGUUCAAAAUGCAAAAGAGAAUUUACCAAGUUUGGCUCAAUAUCAAGAAUACCUAAAGAAAAAGUAUCCAAAUAAGAAAUUUAAUCAAAAAUCUAUUGAUGCUACUUAUGAAUUAGUUUCUUCUUAUUAUGAUACAGCUUCAAAUUCUGUUUUAGAUGGUUUCCAAGAUACUCGAGUUUCACUUGAUGAUACUUGGAAAACUUUACAAGGCCAAGCAUUUGAUUAUGCCGGAGAAGUUAUUUCAACUCAAAAAAAUAUUAAGAAUAUUGUAGCUGAUCAGUAUACAGCAGCCAAAGAAAAAGCUCAAAGUUCUUCUGAAGCUAUUGCAGCAGCUUUAACUAAAAAGUACAGAGCUUCGAAAUUAAAACAAUAUUUCAAUAAAUUAACUCAACAUUUCCAAAAUGAGAAGGAUAAUUUAAGUACAUUAGUUAAGAGUAAUCAAAAAGAAACACCAGGAUUUUUUACUUCAGCUUAUAAUUAUAUAUUAGGUAUUACAGAUUCAGCUAAGGAAAAAGUUCAUAAAAAGGUUAAUUAUGGGAAGAAACAAAGUGAAUUCCCCGUUUCUCAAUACAAAUAUAUUAUUAAUUCAUUUUCUGUAAAUGAUUUAUCAUCAUAUUUACAGAAUUUUGGAUACGAUGUAAGUUGGUUAGUUAAACUUUCUAAGGAUCAAUUGGUUAGAUUAGCUAAUGAACAAACAGAUAUAUUUUUUUCUAGUUCAAAGGAUACUAGUAUAUGGGAUAAGUCUAUAGUAGAAAUUUUGCAAGAGACAAGUGAUAGUAUUCAAGAACAAAUUGGGUUAAAGCCUACUAAGAAGAAAGGUUGGUUUAGUUAAUUACAUUAAAAAACUAUCCAAGUACUCUUUUUAAACUAUAUAUAAAUAAAUAAAUAAAUAAGUAAAUAAAUAAAUAAAUAAGUAAAUAAA